CGGCGGGGGAGGCGGAGCGGCUGGACUUUCUGCGCGAGCGGCACGUGCGCUUCUUCCAGCGCUGCCUCCAGGUGCUGCCCGAGCGCUACUCCUCGCUGGAGACCAGCAGGUUGACAAUUGCAUUUUUCGCACUCUCUGGUCUGGAUAUGUUGGAUUCCUUAGAUGUGGUGAACAAAGAUGAUAUAAUAGAAUGGAUUUAUUCCCUGCAGGUCCUUCCCACAGAAGACAAAUCAAACUUGGAUCGCUGUGGAUUCAGAGGCUCUUCAUAUUUAGGGAUGCCAUUCAACCCAUCCAAGGGUCCUGGUACAUCUCACCCCUAUGACAGUGGGCAUAUAGCAAUGACUUACACUGGUCUCUCUUGUCUGGUUAUUCUUGGAGAUGAUUUAAGUCGAGUAAAUAAAGAUGCCUUAUUGGAAGGACUGAGAGCUCUGCAGCUGGAGGAUGGAAGUUUCUGUGCUGUGCUGGAAGGAAGUGAGAACGAUAUGAGAUUCGUGUACUGCGCUUCCUGCAUCUGCUACAUGCUCGAUAACUGGUCAGGCAUGGAUAUGAAGAAAGCAAUAGACUACAUCAGAAGAAGCAUGUCUUAUGACAAUGGCCUGGCACAAGGAGCUGGACUGGAAUCUCAUGGUGGCUCUACGUUUUGUGGUAUUGCAUCACUGUGUUUGAUGGGUAAAUUGGAGGAAGUUUUUUCAGAAAAAGAACUGGACAGAAUAAGAAGAUGGUGCAUCAUGAGACAGCAGAAUGGCUACCACGGGCGACCCAACAAACCUGUAGACACCUGCUAUUCCUUUUGGGUCGGAGCAACUUUGAAGCUCUUGAACAUAUUCCAGUAUACAAAUUUUGAGAAAAACCGAAAUUACAUCCUCUCAACUCAAGAUCGCCUUGUUGGUGGAUUUGCCAAAUGGCCAGAUAGCCAUCCAGAUGCUUUGCAUGCCUACUUUGGAAUCUGUGGCUUGUCGUUAAUGGGAGAAGCUGGUGUCUGCAAAGUUCAUCCUGCCUUGAAUGUAAGCACAAGAACCUCAGAGCGCCUUCACCACCUCCAUCAGAUCUGGAACAAGGACUCUAAACAGUGCUCAGAUGACACACACGUCUCUACAUGACUGAUUUAGACUUGAAUUUAGUUCUGGUAGCAUAAUUGUAGCCCAAGGUUAAAAGCCAUGUAUAACCAAUGUGCUCUUUUAAGUGCUGGAGUCAGAGUCAUACAAUCAGAUCUGUGUUGCUGGCAUCACUUGGAUAGGGAACCGCCUUCAGCCAGUUAUUCUGCAUUUGGGAAAAAGGAAAUAUUUUGUUUGUACAGGAGUUUGUCACCACAGACUUGAAAUGGCUCUUCAAAUGGCUUUACUUCUAAGAAAUUCCUUGAGGCAACUAAACAUUAUUUUUAUUUUUUUAAAGAUCUGCAUUCUGCAGUGUCAAAAUAUAUAAUAGUAUUUUCAGAAUCUGUUUACAUAUCAUACAGUAUAGCACAGGACACUGGAGUUCUUUAUGACCUUAAUGUUUGACACAUUUUUGGGUAGAGAAUCUCUCAUAUUAAGUCUCAGUUAAAAAAUAUCUUUUGUU